CAAAAAACUUAAUCCCCAUAUCAUUGUAUCAACCCCCAUUCCCACGCCUCGCCCUCCCCUCCUCCACCUCCUCCGGCCAGGCGAAGCACGGCGGCGGCGAUGGAGGAGGACUUCGCGCGGGCGGUGGAGGACGGCCUCAAGCUGUCCAAGCGCCUCGUCCUCCCCGGCGGCGCGCCCUCGCCCCGCCCCGUCCCCGGGAUGGACCGGGGGCUGCUGCCCGACGCCGCCGCCGCCUCCUCGCUGCUGCCGUCCGCGCCCAUGGCGUACGCCGUCGUCGUCGACCCGGCCGCCGUCGACAGCCCCGACGUGCCCAGCUACCAGCCCCACGUCUACGGCCGCCUCGACCCCCCCGCGCUCAUCCCGCUCCACAUGCGCGAGGUCGCCCUCGCCGUCGACUGCGCCGCCGCCGGCUGCGCCGCCGCCGAGGUCACCCUGCGCGCGCGCUGGUGGGUGCACUGCCUCACCCGCAGCUGCGACUGCCACUGCCGCAUCGUCGUGCCCAUGGGCGAGCAGGGUACAAUUCUAGGAGCUGAGGUUACUGUUGGGAAGAGAUCAUACAAAACCCAUGUAAUUGAUGUAGAGGAUCAAGGUGCAGUGAAGAUUGCUAAAACUGAGAGUGGGGGUCUUUUAAAGCGCCAAUUCUUUUCCUUGACAAUACCACAGGUUGGAGGAGGAGAAGACAUAUUUGCCACGAUUAGAUGGUCACAAAAGUUACUAUAUGACAAUGGACAGUUUUCUGUUGAUAUUCCUUUUCAAUUUCCGCAAUAUGUGAACCCUUUGCCAAAAGUGUUUAUGAAAAAGGAAAAAAUUCAGUUGACUCUGAAUAGUGGUGUGAGUAACGAGAUUGUUUUGAAGGGCUCAAGUCAUCCAUUGAAGGAAAGAAGUAGGCAAGGUGAGAAACUGUCUUUCUUCCAUGAAGCAGUUGUUGAGAACUGGUCAAACAAAGAUUUUACCUUUGCAUAUAGUGUAUACUCAGGUGAUUUAUCUGGUGGAAUGCUCGUGCAACCCUCAACAUCGGAUGACUAUGAUGAUAGAGACAUGUUUUGCAUUUUUCUUUUACCAGGAAAUAACCAAAAGAGAAAGGUCUUCAGAAAUGCCUCUGUGUUUAUCAUUGAUACAAGUGGAAGCAUGCAAGGAAAGCCUCUUGAGAGUGUUAAGAAUGCCAUGUACACUACUCUUUCUGAGCUUGUGCAAGGAGAUUACUUCAACAUAAUAACAUUUAAUGAUGAGCUUCAUUCAUUCUCAUCUUGUUUGGAGCAAGUAAAUGAGAAAACAAUAGAAAAUGCAAGGGAAUGGGUGAACACAAACUUCAUUGCUGAGGGUGGCACUGACAUCAUGCAUCCAUUGAGUGAGGCAAUAGCUUUGCUAUCAAACUCUCACAAUGCACUUCCACAAAUCUUUCUUGUGACUGAUGGAUCUGUUGAGGAUGAACGGAAUAUUUGCCGCACUGUGAAAGAACAGCUCGCAACUAGAGGAUCUAAGUCCCCCAGGAUUUCUACUUUUGGACUAGGCUCUUAUUGCAACCACUAUUUCCUGAGGAUGUUGGCAUCCAUUGGCAAGGGGCAUUAUGAUGCUGCAUUUGAUACAGGAUCAAUUGAGGGUCGGAUGGUUCAGUGGUUUCAGAAAGCUUCAAGCACAAUAGUGAUAAAUAUUUCCAUUGAUGCCACUAAGUACAUUCGAGAAUUUGAAGUGGAUUCUGAAUAUAUUCAAGAUAUUUCUGCAAAAUGCCCACUAUGUGUGUCUGGGAGAUACCAAGGCAAGCUUCCAGAGACACUUACUGCCAAGGGUUACUUGGCUGACAUGAGCGAAAUAUCGAUUGAAUUGAGGGUCCAACAUGUAAAGGAUAUUUCUCUUGACAAAGUGUUAGCAAAGCAGCAGAUGGAUCUUCUCACAGCAAAAGCAUGGUUUUAUGAAAACAAUCAACUAGAGAUGAAGGUGGUAAAAUUAAGUAUACAAAACAGCAUUCCUUCGGAGUACACACGCACUAUCCUACUUCAAAACUUCGUGGAAAAAAUAGAACAGGUAUUUGUCACCGAAGGUGGUGUUUUGUACAUGUUUUUCAGCUAUGGCAACAGGGAAAGCAGAAGCCAAAGAAAAACAGCACCCAGAAUGAGCAAUCAGCGACGUCGCUCAACGGACUGACGCUCGGGUUCGGUGACACAGCUGCAACGAGGGAGAACCUUUCCGCUGGGUUCGGGGACACGAAACCACCAGAGAGGUUCGAGAUGUUCGACAAGGCCGUCGGCUGCUGCAGCCGCCUCACGGACUGCUGCUGCUGCAUGUGCUUCAUCAACACCUGCAGCAAGAUGAACGACCGGUGCGCCAUCGUCAUGGUGCAGCUGUGCGGCGCGCUCUCGUGCCUCGCAUGCUUCGAGUGCUGCUCUCUGUGCUGCGGCGGGUCUGACUGAGGUAGGACCAAAUGCUGAAAUGUGCAUAGAAUUCUACUGUAUAGGAUGGGCACCACAUAUAUUUGUAUACAAUAGUUCAAGAAAGACCCUUGUGUGGAUGUUUUGAUAUCGGCCGUCUGUAAAAACCUAUAAGAUGGAAAUCAUCUGAGCACUGUCCAUUUGAUUUCAAGAGUUGAAAGAGUACAUAAAAGAACUAUGUACAGUAAAAAAAGAAGAGGAGAUUCCUCCUUUCCAGUUGCCAUCAAAUUUGUAAGACACAUCUGAUUCCCGAGGGACAAAUAUGUGGAGGAUUUCUA